AUGGAGCCCCUCGCGGACGCGCUCGAGGACGCGUACCCGGCGCGCCUCGAGCACACGAUGCUCCUCGUGCGCCAUCGCGGCGAGACGGCGUGCGUCGCGUACGACUUUCUCCCGAUCGAACCGACCAGCCCGGCGACCGCGGCGACCUUGCUGUCCGGCGGCGCCGUCAGAGGCGACCGGCGCGUUCGCGCGCUCUCGCGCGUGCCGUCGCGGAGGUGCUGGCGCGUGGGCGACACGACUCCGGGGCUCGGCGGCGGCGGCGCGGCGGGCGUGGACGCGGUCGCGAGGGCGUUUCAGUCGACGUACGACGCGUCGUUGCGGCUGCGCGAGAACGGCUGCCGCGAGCACACCGCCGCGAUGGCGCUCGCGAUGACGGGGAUAACGCUCGAUUUAGACGCGUUACUCAUAGAAGGGGAUGCGAAUAGGUCCGACGACGACGCGUAG